AUGAGAACACUCUUAUAUUUAAUCUUCUAUUGUUCUUUAAACUUUGCCAAAGCGGAAUAAUAAAGCAAUUUAUCAAAUUAAAAUAUGACUAAUCUAUAAUGGUACCCUCUAAGGAUUUACUUUCAAAUUAUAAAGUAAGUAGAAUAUAAUGAUAAAUUGGUUGAAUUGUUAAAAUAAGUAUCUCUAUAUUUCGAGAAAACCCUUCUUGUAAGAAGGAACCCAGAAAAAAUUGACGUGGAAUCAAUCGCUUCUAAAAUGGCACUAGAUUAAUUAGAUGAGGAAGUCUUCAAGGAAUAAACUAAUGAAUUUGAUACUCUUGUUUUUGUAGGUACUAAGAAUAUGACAGAUUAUAAAGCUACGUGUGAUUCUAUUCAUUUUGAUUCAAUCACUAAAAGGCCAAAUGUUUGCUAACUUUAUUUAAAGAAUGGAUUAUAAUUUGCCACAACAGUUUUCAAUCAUUAGAAAAUGCUUAAGACUCUGAUACAUGAAACUAUUCAUUGUUUGGGACUUGAUAAAAAUGUAUUUUAACUAUUCUACAAUUCAUCUACUGGAGAAGUUUAUAAAAGUGUCGUCUCCAGUAAUACAACAACAGAAUUUCUAAUAUUAAGUAGAUCAAAAGAAUAUUUAAAAUUCUACUUUGAUUGUGGAGAUAUUUAAGGAAUUUAGUUGGAAAAUUAAGGAUAAGAGGCAACUGCUGGGAAGCAUUUUGAAAAUGAAAUAUUUUUGAAUGAUUUAAUGUAAGGAACUCAUUUUGACGAUAUUAUGAUAACAACAUUGACCUUAAUGUUUUUGUAAGAUACAGGGUUCUAUUAGCUAGCUGAACACAAAACUGAUUAAAUCUAUUAUGGAAAACAUCAAGGAUGUGAUUUUUUAUAAAGGAGAUGUGAUAAUCAUUAAUUUACUGAAUUUUGUUAAAUUGAAAAUCAAAAAGGUUGUUCAUUUACUAAUUCUGGGGUUGGGUCUUGUGAAAAGAGUAAACUAAGUGGAGAAUGCAAAAAUUUUUUGGUAAUCGAAGAUUAUAACUGCAAAGAUCCUAGUUAGAUGAAACCAGGAUAAAAAAUAAUACAACAUUUUGGAGAUGAUAGUAUUUGUGUUUAGGGUUCUCUAUCUAAAUAAAAGUAUAUAUCUAAUUUCAGUUGUUAAAAAUUUCAUUGUGAUGUAGACAAUAAUAUGAUUAUAACCGUUGGCGAAUUAAGUGUAAAUUGUUCAUAAUUUGAUAAAUUAUAUGAUAAUGCCUAUUAUGGAAACAUAACAUGUCCCUCAAAUUCUCAAACAAUUUGCUAGAAUGAUAAUUAUUGUCCUAAUCAUUGUAAUGAGAAGGGUGUAUGUGUCAAUAAGGAGUGUAUUUGCACAAAUGGUUAUUCUGGUAAAGAUUGUAAUAUAAAAUGUGACGGAUAUCGUUAUUAAGGAGAGUGCUACGAGAAAUGCCCUUCAAAUUUAUACACUUACGAGUCGAUAAAGUAUUGUGUAGGCUGUCCAGGAGUAUGUUAUUUUGUUAUUGUUAGAAUUGCAAAGAAUGUAGUUCCUUCAAUCACUGUACAUUAUGUGAUGAUAACUAUAAACUAGUAUCAGGCUUUUGUGAUUUUACAUACAGUAAUAUCCUUAUGCUAGUGA